AUGCUGCGAUGGACCCUGCAUAAAAAAAUCGACCAGAAUCCCAGUAACAGCUCUGUCCUGGUCAGGAUCCUGGUGAAGGAGUUGGAAAGGGCGGAGCGAGGUGACUUCAGACAUUACAUCAUUCCCUUGCUGCACACGCUGAUGUACACCUUGAUAAAGGCUCCCUGCAUCUCUGACGAGCUCUGUGGCAGAGUGUAUGAUUUCUGCAAGAAGCUGCUCACCCUGCCCAAGCCUUUCUGCACCAUUGGUUUGGACUAUGCUGUCAGGCUGAAGAUGGAAAGGGCAGCACCGGGUGUGUUGUACCAAAGAACGGUCAUUUCCGAACAAAGUCUCAAAAGCGACCCGUACCCUUACCAGGAAAAGAUUUUCAUCUUUGCUGAUCCAGAGCUGCUGUCUGAAGCCAUCUGCAACGCGCUGGUCGCCGACACGGAGGCAGCUCAGGUCUCUCAGAGCCCCCGGGCGUGCAUGUGCUGCGUGAUCAUCCACGCCGUGCAGGCGGCCCUGGGCGAGGGCUGCGACAUCAGCUGCUUGAAGGCGAGCCUCCAGGAUAUGCCCACGAGUGACAUCGAGCGCUGGUUCCGGCAAGUGGUGGCGGCAGUCGAGUGCGCAGGAAACGAGGCGAGCGCAGACCGCAGCCAGCACACGGCGAGGCUGGAGAAGAUUUACCGCGCCAUCCUCUGCCCCUUGCAAGCAGGCAAUGCUCACCUGGGCGGGCUGCAGGGUACCCCUCUGCCCAACCCCAACAUCAGCUUUCACCUCUGGACAGAAGACGACCAGCUCUGGAAGGAAUUGGUGCUGUUCAUCCGCCCGCUGUCGCAGAGCUGCGAGCCUGACUGCCUAAGCCAGGACCUGGACAACUUCGAGAUCCAGGACAACAUUUCGGACUGCGAGUGCUGCGAGCAGACCCGCUUCUCUGUGCUCUCCACCGACAGCGGCAUCGAACGAGACCUGCCCGUGGCAGUCGAGGAGCCCUUUGCCCCUUGCAGUGCCGAAACGGAGCAGUCCCGGCUCCACAGGAAGGGUGGCAUUAAAAAAAAGCCGUCUCCGCUGGAGAGCGUGGCCUUCCUGCAGGCUGGCUGCAACAGCCCUGGGGCAAAGCCCCCGACGAAGCUGCAGAGGAGAGCGGGCACCCCCCCGGAGCCUGCAGCCCCGCUCCAGAGGCUGCACACUGCCCGCAUCGUGCUGCUGGGGGACGACCGGAUCCUGGGGCGCCUGGCCCGAGCCUACCACUCCUUGAGGAAACGAGAAACACGGCGAGUUUUCCUGACUCCCAGGCUGAACCUGCAGUUCUACCACAUCCCGGUUGUGACGGGGCAGCCAAACACCUUGGCCGUUACGGACCACAUUGCCGCCGGCCAAGAGGAGCUCUGCGAGGUGGCCGGGUACCUGGGCAGAGCCGACCCGUGGUACGAGAGCAACAUCAACACGCUGUGCCACAUGAUUCCCAAGCUGGCCACCAUGCCUUCCUCUCCGAGCAAACAUCUUGUGACUGAUCUGUUCAUCACUGAUGUGAUUGCUUACUACGUUCGCAUGGGCAUCCAGCCCGUCUGCUUCCAGGUCUACGCCGUGAAGAUUUUCUUCAAUGACCCGGCGCAGGAGCCGGCCGAGGAUGUCUUCCUUACAGAGCUGCGCACCCAGAUGCAGGAGAACAUCUCCCACAGAGAAUUAAGCAUGACCAAGAAGAAAACAACCCUGGAUGGCCCUGGCAUAGAUCUCACAGUAACAUACAGAAAGGUUGUGGUGAGCGACCGGGCAAAGGAGCUGGCUAUGUCCCUACGCUCUACAAGUCUGGUGAUGAAAGCCAUCCCUGCCGAUGAGGCUGAAGACCUGGUGUGUCUGAAUGUGAACAUCACUGAAAUCGUUAAGGUCAACAACUUGUCGGGACGAUCGUUCUCAGCUGUGGCAAACAGGUUGAAAACACGCAAUGUCAAAAUCAGGAGCACAGAGCAGAGGCCCUUCAUGGUGUGUCUGGACAAGGACAGCAGAAGAGCCUACGGGAAUGUGAUCAGCGUGGAAGUGUCUCCUUGCCUAGAGCCCAGCUACUGCUUGCAAAAGACAAGGACAAUGAAAUUCAACCUGCAGGAAACAGAAGAUGUGGGGCUUGUGAAAUACAUGCCCAAGUCUCUGCUGUUGCCUAUCAACACAUUUGCAGGCAUGAUCCAAUGA